CGACGAGAGAUUUUAGUUGCAAUUGGAUUUCGAUCCAAGUAGGCAGCAGCAAGCAAGGGAUUCGCACUAGUGGGCGCUUCGUUCAGCGUUCGGCCUUCUUCGGUGUGGAGUGAAGUUGUGGCAGAACUUUCACUAAUCUGUCGGGGCCUAGUAUCGAUUGUCAGCCGGCGCUUUCAGUGUCACAUUUUGGCCAGUAUGUAUUCUAGGUUCCAUAUAUUUUUUAUUUAAUUAGUAGGUGCUGUUAAAGACUUUGUUGUGGUAUGAUUCAGUGGCGAAACAGAGCGAAUCAAUGGAUCAUACAUUAGUGAACUGCAUGCAGGGCAUAGGCCUGCUAUGUUUCUUCAGCAUGCUGAAUAAGGUGUCAUAGAAGAAGAAGAAGAAUGUGCGGUUGUGUGACUGAGCGAAAGUGGUUCGGUGAACUGGGAUUAGACGGAUUGACUUGUCAAGUGGGUUGGUUGAAGAUUAACAACUACCAGCUUAAAACUACAGCUUAGAAAAUGCAGAACACUGCUAGUAGCGUGUUGCACGAUGUAGCUACUGGCGACGGUUCUUCUAAUCCCACGGAAAUUAGAUAUAGCAACGAUAUCGAUCGGUCCAGUGCCAGUGCGGAUGUUGGCGGAUUUGUCAGAAGCAAGCAACUGCUCGGCCUGUUCGGUGGUGACAAAAAUAUUCGACCUGCUUCCUUGCCAAUUAAAAAAUGCUUCAACCAUCAUACGGACGAUGGUGAUGGUAGUGGUAAAUUGGAUACAGAGAGUGAUUUAAACUCGUCGCGAGAGCUGAAUCAGUCGCACGUCGCAGAGGCGGCGGCAUUCCUGAGUCCGAGUGAAGGUCAAUUUUGGAAACGCUACGCAGAGGUUUCCAAGUUUCGGAAAGACUACAACAGCGAAGAAUGUUCUACGACAAAAAAUCGUCGAAGGUCAGAUACAUCGUUCAUGUUAGCGAAGCAGCGAUUAUCUUCGUUCAGUCUCGGCGGUGGACAAGGAGCGGUUAAUGCAGAGACAAUGGACGAUGAUUUAGCACCCCUUUUGCCCAGCAAGCAAGAACUAUCGCAGGAGGAUCUCUAUCAAUCGCAAAGCUCAUUGGUAUCUAGCUCCGAGGGAGGAAUCCUGGCGGAAGGCGAGGAAACCUCCAGUGAAUCUCAAGUAUCGGAUAACUCGCGCAGUCCAGCAUGCGUUCUGGGUUUGGUCGAGCGUUUGCUACGAACUCAUCCGGUAUGGUUUCUGCCGGGGAUACAACGUUCCGGAGCAGUUCACUUGCUACAGGGUAAAGAAGAAGGGAAUUUUAUUGUUCGUGGAUCGAGCCAAUCAAGAACGAUGGCAGUUUCUGUUCGAUUGCCAGCCGAAUGCGGACCGUAUAUUGAACACUACUUAAUUCAAUCCAACGACGGGCUGCUGAGUUUGGAGAGUUCACGUUUUAAGUUCGACUCCAUUCCCUCGUUGAUUGCUCAUUACUCACAGUGCUGUGAUGAGCUUCCGGUUCAGUUGUGUCUCCCAAAGGCACUCCGGGAAGCGAAAAACCGUCAGCAGCUCUCGUCUCUGGCUCUGCUGGGUCAAGAGUUUUGGCGUUACCCAAUGGCGUCGCCCAAACCGAGAACUCUUCUGUCGGCCAAUUCUAGUCAUUUGAACACUCCCUCUGACGCUACCCAUUCGAGUGGCAUCGGACUAACAUUUAAUAAUCGAAACGCAUCGAAUUUUCACACGUUUGGUCACGAGAGCAACCCGAAUCUUGUUGCGCCGGGCGAAACGCCGACGGACACAAUAUCGACGCUUAGCAGUUUUACCGUCGGACACGGCCAACAGUUGUUAAGUCCAGAAUCGAUUGACAGUGCGGUCGUGUGCUCACCAACUGACCCCAAUCAAACCGGAAUUAUUGGUAAGACAAGCACAUUUAAAUCGAAGCGACCGCUUCCGUCACCAACGGUAGCAACUUCAUACGAAGUCGAAAAACAGAUUGAAAUUUUCAACGCCAAUUUAAUGUCGAAUAACAAUAGCAACAAUAGCAGUAGCAGCCAUGAUUCAAAGUUGAACGAAUCCGCUGGUUCGGGUAGCACCCUCGAGCGCCAGUUGAAAACACCGCGGCCUACACCGCCGAAUACGCUGAAUAUAAAACCAAUUCGAAGUCCACCAGCACCACCUGCGCGACGUUUGAAGCCGCCUAGUAGCAGCACCAUAAGCACUCCAAACGAUUCCAAUCCAGCGUUUUCCAAUAACAUCACCGUGACUACAACGGUCACUUUCAGUGUUGACAAUCACACUAACGCACAAGUGAUCGAACUAGUUCCGCAGAAUGAGGGAAACUCAAACUUUGCAACGUUUCAGACUACAUCAAGGCGACUUCCACCGGAUGGUGAAUGCCACAUUCCAUGCACGCUGGCGAAGACACAAGACGUCGGAUUAACUGACCGCGUUUCCGACUCCGACGGAAAUUUCUCUCAAGCAGUGCAGUCGCCUCUUGGGCACCAUGGGAACAAUGGUUUUUCAUUCCGGAAGAACGGCAAGGCUGAUGCGAGCUCUUCGAUACAUAGCACCCGAACCAGCAGACGGAGCAAGCGUAAGGAAUCAAAGCAUUACCAGGAAUCUGAUAUUCUCGAGUCGCCAUCUGUUUACUGUAGAAGUAAUCUUGGUGAUAAGAUUAGUGAUUACGAGGAUAUAUGGACGCAGGAUAACAAUGGUAACACAACCCUCAUCAAAUUGGAUAAAAUAUCUACUUUCAAACCUGCAUUAGAAAAACCGACUGAUCUUCUUUCUCCAGGAAUGGUGAGCCAUGAACAUUUCAAUCAGCAUGCUCUGACGGAGCCUCCUACGCCGUACAAUCCCAACUUCCACGAACACUCGAAGAAUUCACUGUUGUCUGCGUUUAGCACGGAAAACGUUAUACAGUUGCGCCAGCAGCGAGAUGCGAGCAGUGAUCGCAGCACGCCUACCGAGCUGCAUCACCGCAAUAUACUGAAAACUUUUUCGCCCGCACCGACACCGACGAUGCAGGAUAAACCGCUCAUCAAUCCAAUGCUGGAGCCACGCCACCGAAUGGGAUUUUGCUUCCCCAAUGCGGUCGCAAACCGGGCUGAAUUUAAUAUAGCUGAUAUUGGAAACACCAGAACUGAAACUUCGCCACUGCAUAGCAAUACUAGCAAACAGGAUAGUCCAUUUUAUGCCGAUCCAGCUGAUAUCUUGAAUGGAAUUGUGCGAAGAAGCCCGUUCCUUAGAUCUAACGCUCUUGCCAGCAAUCAGAGGCACUCGGAACCACCGAAGCAACUGCUCUCGUCCGGAUUGGGUACGCAGUCUCCACUGAUGUGGACCGCAACUGAACAGGACGCCAAGCAGAGGAAUCAUUUCGCCGCAUCGCUUGAUGAGCUGCAGAAUCCUCGGAGUACUGCGCAUCAACUCCGGUACGGCGACCGAUUGGAACGAUUCGAGCGAUUAUCGUUGGAGCAGACUGAAAACAACGACUAUGAUAAUGACCUACGUUGGUUGGGCGAGCAAACAAAGUCGGAACAAUAUCAGCCCAAGAAUGUGAUAAUGGCAUCCCCAUGCCAAGAUAAUAGCAGCAAUAGCAGUAGUAAUAGCAACAGCCAAAAUCCUCACCAGCGCUGCCGGACGGUGACGGUCCAUCAGAUAAUUGCCAAUCGAUUGCCACACCUUGACUUACCGGAGGUACCAGGUAAUAGCGCCAACCCGGCAGAAGCAAAAGGAAACGUUGAGAACGGAGGGGCAGGUACUCUCACCAGAACCCAACGCAAAUCUGCCUACGAUAAUGUAGAAAAACAAAACGUCGCUUAUGCUUCAUCCCUUCUAAAUAGUGCCCAAUCAGAUGAUGGGACUGUAUUCUCCGAGCCGUGGGACAGUUCUCAAUGGGACAGCUUUCUACCUCAAGACAGUAACAAUGCUGACACUAUGCCUGUAGGUGAUGCGAAUGGUCUUCAACCGGCACAUGGAAGCAAUUUGUGCGGCCAGAACCGGUACGGAUCACGUAACGAUUUGACCGGCAGUUACAGCAGCCUUUCGCUGCGUCGGGAUGCACGAACGAUAGUGAAAAAAUGUAGCAGCUCAACGUCGCAAAAGAUUGCGACCAUUCUGCGCUCGAGAAGCUGCCGGGAUCGAGAGAUACUUUGCCACCCGCGCAACAAGACGGUUUUCAGUGGACCGGGUGAAAGCAUUGGCAUGUACGCGUUAUCACUGGCGGACGAUACAGAGUCGACAUUUUCCCGUAAUAUUUCCAACUUCAUCUCCUGCACCAAGGAAUCGAAGGCGGCUCCGCAGGUUGUGAUGCGCAAUAUGCGACAGUUCAUGAGCGGCAUGAAAAACUAUCUGGUAAAACACGGUGAGGGCGAGUUCGGCAACGAAGUUCAGAAGGCACGCUCGCAGCUCAAGUCAGACGAAUUCCUCAAUCUAGACUCGAUCUUGGAGGAGGUUAUGCACCGGUUGGUGAUACUGCCACUACGAGAGCAUCUCUACGGGUUGUUUGUAGACUACUACACACAGUCGGGUGAUAUUCAGCUGCUGGUGGAGAAAGUUAAACUGACCGCUGGCCGGGUACCGAUGGUGUUUGGAAUUAAGAACACUGUGACUCCACCCAGCGCAAGUGCAUUACGCCAGAUAUCUACCCUCUUCGUACGGCUGCAGGAGGCGGAGCUGCCAUUGGAAAAGCUUGAUCUGCUACUGACGGCAGUGUCGACUAUCUUCGAAGCGACCAGUUGCACUAACGGCCAGCAGUUGAGUGCAGAUGAUUUUUUGCCAGUAUUAGUACUAGUGGUAGCCCAUUGUGGCUUUAUUGGGGCCGAAAUUGAAGCAGAAUAUAUGUGGGGCCUCAUUCAACCAUCGUUACUUAGCGGAGAGGCCGGCUACUACUUGACAGCGCUGUGCAGUGCCGUUCACGUGCUGAAGAAUUUCUCCCUGCAGGAUCACGACGGUAAUUCUGGGUCGCAAGAGUGGACAUCGUCAACUUUCCCUGAGUGUUCGUCGGUGUUACGGGUUAUCAUACCGGACGAAUAUAACGGUUCCAUUCAAACGCGAACUCUCCCGAUUAGACCGCACACAACGACGCGAGAAGUUUGUCGGAUCAUCGCCCACAAGGCACGAAUCACCAACGCUCAAGACUAUGGAUUGUUUAAACUAAUUGAUGGAGAAGAAACAUUGCUCCAGGACAACGAGUGUCCGCAGGAUGUACGCAUGGCCGCCUGCGGUAGGCAUUGUAUGAUCGCCUACAAGCGUGUUGAUGCAAAAAUCGCCUGGCCUACCGUGAUGCCACCGACGACGACAACGACGACAGCGUCGACGGCGACGACGACUACCACGAUGACUAUGAUGACGAUGACUGAUACCAAUCAAUAGCGUUAUGAAAAUAGGUUUUUUUAAAUAUACACUUUAUUUAUUGCAACUCUCACUAUCGCAGCAGGCUACCACACUAGCUAGGUUUCGUACAUAAAAAAAAACAUUGCAAAACAAUAGCUGAUGAUGAUUUGAAACUGUGACAAAUAAGCUCCUGAUGCGUUUUUAUAUAUACAAACACACCACUAUAUAUAUGCAUGAUUUUUUUUGAAAUUCUGCCGGCACUAACUGAUGAUUUAUCUGGGUAAGAAUAGCUUUCCACUGCUAGCACGUAUGACUGCGAAUGACAUUCUGCUAAUCGUAACCAAUCAAUUAAUUUAAGCAAUCUCGUAUUAGUAGUGAGUGGGUGGUCAAACAACGACCGUGAACCCUUCGGUGUGACUGAUUUUCGUUCUGUGAAAGUGCUUUCUGCGCUGCGUGUGUCGACAAAGCUAACUCUAAUCAUCAGCGAGAACAGAAAUGUUUGGAGGGCUUUCUUCUCGUUUGUUUUAAAAAUGAAAGAUGUUCAUCUUUAGCGUUAGAUUUUGACAGCAUGGCUCUAAAGAUGUUUCAAGGAGAAUCAGCAAACGGUUCCACUAAAAUGGAAAUAAUGGAGUUGAACGGUUUCCCGAUCUGAACUAUUUUUUCCCGGAGAUGGAGCGGAUGAUCAAUUUAGAAUUUUGUUCGUUUAAAUAUUAGCAUAAUCAAGCUGCAAAGCUAGAGUGCAGUUGACGUUUAUCGUGGUUUUGCUAGUAGUAGUUCGCCUGAAAUUAGGCUGAUUCCUGCUUUAUAUCCGCAGGGUUAUUACGCAACUCGCUUUACUGUUGAUUUCACUUUGCGAGUUAAUUUUUGUCAGUGCAGUCUCGAAAAUAUGCUCAAAAGCACUCCCUUGACUGUAAUUUUUAUACCAGCGACGAACUUGAAACUUCCGAUUUUUAAAGCUAUUUCUUCAAUUUUUUGCGAUAAAUGGGAAAACGCCCAAUUAAUAAGUAAAAGAUAAGAGAAAUUUUUAUCGACAAUAUUAAAAUUAUACCUCUAAUGACCGCAAUUUUUUUUUGAAGAAAUAAGUUUAAACAGUUUUUUCAGUUGUUUGUUAAUCAAAUUACUUGAACUGUUGAUCAAAUUACUUCUGAAUCGGGAUGUGGAAUAGAAAUGAGUGCCAAGAUUUUUUAAAUCAAAGACAAAAAAAUCUAGAAAACGCAUGUUCGUGUUGCAAAUUUUCAGGCUCACCUAUAGCUUUUUCCGCAGAAUGAGAAAAUAACAAAACUGACCAAUUUACUUUGUUAUGACAGUUCUGUAAAUUGGGCAUCAAAAUUAUAAAUUUUGUCUUUUAAACCACAUUCGAUAAGUUGUCCACAGAAUGAAAAUUAAUAACAGUUUCUCAUAUAGCUGCGACUGUAGAAAAUGUUUGGGACAUUUGCAUUGAUACUUCUAUCAGUGAAUUUUAUUCGCUAAUUUCGACUUUUAAAUUCUAUGUUAAAAUUCUGGUCAAUUUUUUCGGUUUGUUUGGCCUUCAUGUAUAUUUUAAAAAGCUUCGCAGGAGAAGUGUUAAAAAUGGGAACAGAAGCUUUUGCAAAGAAGCUGCUAUUUGCGUUAGUAUCUUUGCUAAAGUUUAGUAUUUUCAUUUUUAUCUUUUUGCACAGGGAAUUUUAAUUUUUUUUUCAGAUUUUCUUAUACGCGAAAGAUAAAUUUUGCGUAUGCACGAAUCGAUCAUUUAUUGUCUAACGAAAACGUCAUUAAACACAGAAAUUACAUAACCAAAAAGUUUGGGCCGUAUUACAGAAGCUGCGACGAGCGACUCGCCUCACUUGAAACACAUGAUCAAUCAAAAUUUCUGAUGCUCACAAAGGCAAAGAUAUGAAAAAUUCUGUAACUGAGAUUUUAGGAAUCACCAAGGAUAGGAUUAGGCGAUUAUCGCUUCUUGUAAAAACUCAAUUUUAUCAAAAUGGACCGAAUUUGGUCUGCGGGACAGUGGACACACUUACAGUCGAGGCUUAUUCUCUAUUCACUAUUAUCAUCAUGCAAAAAAGCACUAACCUUGCUCUGCCGACUGGUUUUGUUGCCGUUGAAACUAUUUUUAUCGACCGGACCUGUCCUUUCGAUUUCGUUUGAAGAGUUCACUUCCAAUCGAAGUUUCAGGAAUUGUAUUUAAAUUAGGUUCACCUGUAAAAAGGAAAAAAGUGUUAUUCGGUGAUGAGCAAAAAACUUUACCAGAGCAGAAACUCAUAAAAUAUCCUACCAUUAGUGAAUAAACUGUUCAUUUAGUCUAUAUUUUAAACGAAACACUUUCACACUCCUUGCAAAAAAAGGAAAGCUGCGCACGUGAUAUAAGAAAGUUUUUACCGCCAGACUACUUUGAUCUAAAAAGCAUGGUUUAAAGGGUUUAAAUUUUCUGCAAACAUUUCUGUUCACGCUUCGUCGCAUAGCAAUCGUCGUCGUCAACAUGAUCGAAAACCAACCGGAAGUGUAGUGUAUUAACUUUCCAAUGAAUAUUUAACCCAUUCUAAAACAUACUGUUAAUCGUAAAGUACUUACUUGAGCAAUAUAGCGCCACACGAUGUAAAUAAUUUUAACCUUUUUACCACUAAUUCGCCCUUCGAUCGAACCACUUUUGCCAGUCUCAUAUUGUUUGUUACAAGUACUCAGAGCUGAACCGAAAAAAAUGUUCAACGGUUACGUUUAGUAGUUCCAUCCUGUUUUGUAUCAUUCUUUAACUCUUUGUAUUUGUCAUAAAAUGACCAAUCGUAGCGUUAUAUGUUGCCAAAAAACGGUAGAAAAGCAAACAAAUUGUUUAACUGAUAAGACCAUUUUCUUAAUAUAUAAUAAGCUAUAACAAUAUAUUUACCUUCUGUAAGCGAACUGUGCAUCAGACAAUCUAAUAAGAGGAAAAAAAAAUCGAAACAGUAUCGAUGUUUUGUGAUCGCAACUACUAUGUUACUAAAAGAAUAAUAAUCGUGUGUGUAAUUCAUCCAACUCUGGACCAAGUCAGCCCUAUUUCUUCCCACGUUUAAUCUGUUUUACAGCGAAAACAUUAAAAAAAAAGUUUAGUUACUACCCUAGUCAGAAGAUCGUUUAUUUUAAUUUUGGCUUGCUAUAUACAUAUUUAUCGACUUUGUUGACCGUUUGUUGAUAGUCCAUUUUACUGCAUAAUUAGUUGAUAUGCGGCCCCCUCUAAAUUCCCCUUUUGGGGUGAGCCAGCAAACCAAUAACAAAACCCGACAAGCGAACAGCGCGUGCAACUCGUUCGAAAUCUAAUUUCAUCAAUCUACCUAAAUCUAAUCGAUUUUAUGCAUUUUUGCUAAUAUUUAUCUAACAGUUUACUUACAACAUAUUUAGACAGCUCUCCAGACGGUGUGUCUUUUGUCUUACGUAACGCGUGCAUUUUAAAACUAGAUAUUCCAGUACUAUACUAGUUUGUAACAUUUCAUACAAAACAAAAUCCUCCGUAUAUUUGCUCAUCGUUCUGAAAAGAAGAAAACUAAAAAAAAAACUACCUAAAUUGAACUCAAUUGAUGCUCACAUUUAUACAUACUAGUAAGUAAAACCAAACAAACAAUAACUCCGAGUCCCUGCCAAACUUGCAUCAGCACUCGACGUUUUCCUCCCCUUUGUCCCAUGAGGAAUCAUCAUCAAAAGCGUUUCUCUGAAAGCGGAGAAUGUAGUGAAAAGUUAAUAUUUUUGAUACCAGCACAUUGCACUGUGUAAUUCUCAAACCGUACCCUCUUUACUCUAAAACCACUGUGUGCAUGAGCGAAUUUGGUUUGGACUGUGAAAAUUUACACUUUUCCUGAACAAAAAACAAAAACUUAACAUCAAUCUUGCCAAAUGAGAAUAAAAUCAAUGAUAAUAUUAUUGAAAAUAUUAUAAACAAGUUUUUGGAUGCAUCUAUUUUUACAUGAUAACCAACUACGUAAGCUCAAUGAAAGUAAUAAAGCAAAAUAAAAGUAACA